CUAGUUCCCUAUAAAGCCAGAAUAUAUUAGAACUCCGAGACCAAAAUAAAUCAUUGGAAUUGAUUGUUGCAAGUUCUUGGAACUGAGGUGCUGCAAUGGCUUCAACUCAGGAAGAGGUGACGCUUUUAGGAGUUAUUGUAAGCCCGUUUGUGUGUAGAGUUAAGAUUGCUCUCAAGUUGAAGGGAGUUGAAUACAAAUACGUGGAAGAAGAUUUGGGCAACAAGAGUGAGUUGCUCCUCAAAUACAACCCAGUUCACAAGAAGGUUCCUGUGUUUGUUCACAAUGGGAAGCCCAUCGCAGAGUCUCUUGUGAUUGUUGAAUACAUUGAUGAGACAUGGAACCAAAACCCCAUCUUGCCUUCAGAUCCUUACCAAAGAGCCUUGGCUCGUUUUUGGUCCAAAUUCAUAGAUGACAAGGUUGUGGGUGCAGCAUGGAAAGCUGUUUUCACGGUUGAUGAGAAAGAGCGUGAGAAGAAUAGUAAAGAAUCAUUUGAGGCACUGCAGUUUCUUGAGGAUGAGAUAAAUGACAAAAAGUUCUUUGGAGGAGAGGAAAUUGGGUUGGUAGAUAUUGCUGCUGUGUUCAUUGCCUUUUGGAUUCCUUUGAUUCAAGAAAUAGGGGGGUUGGAGUUGUUCACAAGUGACAAAUUUCCCAAACUCUACAAAUGGAGCCAAGAAUUAGUGAACCAUCCUGUUGUCAAAGAAAGUCUGCCCCCUAGAGACCUUGUUUCUGCCUUUUUCAAAGGACGCUAUGAAAGCCUUUCUGCUUCAAAAUAGAUUCAUGUAUUGUGUGACUCAGAAAAUUUCUAAGGAAAGUUGUGUUGUGUGGACUACUUGUUUGUCAUUAACUAGUCAGGAUUUGUUUCAAAAGGAUGUUUGUAAGUUGUAAUCUUGGAUUUCUCCAUGUCAAAGAAACCCAAGGUUGUUUCACACUUUGCUAUUUCAAUUAAUAAAUUAUAAACUGUAGACCACCUUUUUAUUCUUGAAA